AUAAACAACUUCAGUGGACAAUUACAACUUAGUUCUUUGUAAUUGUACCGACGCAUCUUAAAGCUCCACCGUUUGAUUAUAAUAAAACAUGAAAGACUAGGGACCACAAUUAGGAUCCAACGGACAAAACCACAUACUGAAUCGCAACCAGAAUCAGCAGAUCCCUCCGUCGCGACCCUUCCUUAUCCUACGCAUGCUUACAACACACACGCACAAACAUACACCCUUUCCCUUGGUUACUGUAAUGGCCGCUGAAUUACAGCCACCGGACAAUCCAAUAACCGCCGCCAUAGCAUCCACCACAAACGCAACAGCCACUCCGGCAUCUACGAAUACGACGGCGAUACUUGCAGUCCAAAUUGACCCCGCCGGCCCACCUCUGGCCCCGAAACGGCAACGUCGGCCCAGCGUAAGAUUGGGCGAGAUCGGAGACCAACCUUCUUACGAUUCGCACGUGCGCUGCAACAAACCGUUCCAUCACAGCUGGCGUCUCCCUAGAGAUAGCUCCUCUAAAUCAAUCAAGGCUCGUUCUUUAACAAACCUAGUGAACGGAAGUGAUUCGCAAGAUUUUCACGAAAACGAAAACAAGAAUCAGAAUGGCGAUGGUAUCAACUCUAACAAUCUUGAAUUUUCUCACAGGAAAGUGAAAUCUAAGAGAGCGCCGACGACGAAGAGAGCGAGAACUAAUUGGAUAUCGAGAAUCGACCAGGGAGCUGAAGGUGACAGUAGAGAGGAUGGGGAGGAAACGUUUCGAGAUUUCGAUCACAAUUCGGACAGCCCGUUAAAAGACCAAAGCCCAGUCCAUUCGGUGGAUAACGUGGCCAUGGAUUUUUGGCCCGGUCACAGGAGAGGGGCCCCGGGUUCAGCUCCGGGUCGGACUAGGGUUUCGGAUAGUCGAGAAAAUGAGAGGACUGAAUAUGAUAAUUAUCCGGGAAUGAGUGAUGGGGUGAGGUCGUUUCUGAUUGAGUUAGGGUUGAGUCGAUAUGCACCCGUUUUUGAGAUUCAUGGAGUGGAUGAUGAAGUGUUGCCGAUGUUGACAUUAGAAGAUCUUAAAGAUAUGGGAAUAAAUGCGGUGGGUUCUAGAAGGAAAAUGUAUACGGCCAUUCAAAAGCGUCGAAAGAAAACAGCAUCCAUCCUUGGGACCAAGACAGGAAAAAAAUGAAGUAUAGCAUUUACAAGGAUUUCGUAAAACUAACAACUGAAGAGAAUAGUGCUUGUUUGGUUGUUAGUUUUGUUCCUGUUCCAACCUUUUAAUUGUUGAAUAUUCCUUACAGAAAACUACUAGUUUCAGACAAGCCAAGUGGAAUCAAAUGAUAGCGACUCUGUGGUGGACAGAGUUGUAUUCAUUCCGCUUUCUGGGAUAGGCUUGAUCCAUGUGUAACGGUUUUACUUCCCUUUCAAAAAGACAUAUGGCUUUUAAAUAGGAACUGGCAGAGUCUAAUACUAUGAUACUUUGGGGCUUAUGUGAUUCAUGUCAUAUAGAGGACAGUUUGCCCUUAUUAAAGAAGUAAAUCUUUCAAAUGACGUUCUCAUAUUCUCAGGUCAAGUUAUUGGCAUAGAAAAAUCUAUAUAAUGGUUGCGGCUGUCCUAAUUCUACUUCUAGUGGGGAUAAGUUAUCCCCAGAGAUACUUCCUGAUACCAGGCAAAAUCAUACUCUUGAUAUGGUUAUGAUCCUAUCUGCAUAUUUAUAAUCUAAGAGAUACCAUGUCUCUUGUUUUGUUUUUAUGAGUUUAAUUUAAGUAAUCUCCUCUGUCAAAUGAUAACCCAUGAUGUCAACAUGGUUGCAUUUAUUUCUCGGUUUACAAUCUUGGAGAACUUAUUUAUUUACCUUAUGUCUCCUGAAUCAGUUUGUUUUAUUCUUUUCAAAUCUCCUAUUUAGCUUCUUUGAUAUCUUUGAAGAUUCUCCUCUAUAUUGCUUUUAGAUUUCUUAUCUCUUCUUUCCUUUUAUGUUGACACUUUCUGUGGAGAAUAUUAAUCUAUGCCAUGUAUCAAAGUCCCUUCACAUGUUUGGUCAGCAGCUGUACUCAGAGAAAAUAUAAGCCAGUCCUCUGAAACAUAAAUGGUUCUCAUUCUUGAAGCCGGUGCCAGUCAGAUGAGCAUAUCUAGUCUUCAGGGUUUUGCCAAUGUGCACUAUUGAAUAGUAUUUGCUCUCUGUUAGGUCUGGGGUCUCUGCCUUUCGGUUUUAGAAUCUAAACAGUUGCAGGUGGCUGUGCUUGAGUUUACGACAAUGAACCUACUAUUUAGCUGACCGGCUUUUAUUGGACUUUCUGUUGACAUGGCUUGGGCUUGAGGUUGACAUUGAGGCUGGGGACUCGUGAGUUGAAAGUUGAAACCAGAUUUGGAAAGAAUUGUUGUUAUGGGCUACUUCGGAUCUAAGUUAAAAGGAAGUUUUCCAAUUUUAGAAAACAUCUAUAAAUUUCUAGAAACCGGGCUGCUGUCUAAAUUAGGCAAAACAAGAAAGAAAAUUUAUGUUGCGCAAUAGAGUUUGUAGAGCUUCAUUGAUCAUGCCUGUGUAAGCAGAAUCAAGCUGGGCGGUUGGAUUAGUUGGGCUUGUUUUGGAGCCAGAAUAGCAUUUCCAAGUUGGAAUCAAGGCAUGGUCUCACCUAUGUACUUUCAGCAAUCACCAUCAUAUACUGGCUGACUCCAUCGGCAAGUCCCUCGACCUAAUAAAAAGUAAAUAAUAUUAUUCUUUCUAA